GCGAAUGACAACUUUGACUUGUCUCUCUCACAUGCGACGCUGACUGGGUCAUUCAUUUUCUUUACAACGCGUCUUGGAGGCCCUGUUCAUGCCAGCUCCGACCCAUAUAUCUGUCAUCGGCGGCGGUCUUUCUGGCUUGUCUUCCGCAUACCACCUCUCGCGGCGUUUCCCAACAGCCAAGGUUACUCUUCUGGAACAAUCGCCUCGCCUGGGCGGAUGGGUACAUAGCGAGCGUGUACACGUGCAAGACGAUAAGGGAAAUGAAGCGGGAAUACUACUUGAGAGGGGCCCAAGGACGCUCAGGCCCAACAGCAAGGCUGUCCUCGAGUUGAUAAACCUCUUAGAGCUUCAGCGGUCUCUCCUUGUCGUGCCAAAAACUGCGGCUGCAGCACGAACACGUUUUCUCCAUAUCCCGGGGACGCGUGGUCUGACCGCGCUUCCGUCGUCUGUUACCAGCCUGCUUGCCACGCCUCUUGGACGUGCUAUCGCUCUGGCAGGUGCACGCGAACCACUACGAAGCUAUCCGAGCGCUAUUCGAUUGGCAGCUGAGGAUGGGGACGAGUCGCUCCAUGAAUUUCUGUCGACGAGACUGGGUCCUGAGCUCGCUCGAGUUUUGGGUAGCGCCCUCGUGCACGGCAUAUAUGCUGCAGAUUCAAAGCUACUCAGCGUUCGGGCCGCUUUCCCGUCGUUGUGGGGGCUAGCCGAAGAUGGCCGUGGAAGCAUAUUGCGCGGCGUGCUCUCCCGAAUACUGAAGUCGCGCUCCCCCGAGCCAUCGGCGAAUGAUUACGAUUUGGGCGAAGUGCCUAGGAUCAUGCAGACUGCCAGCAUUUUCUCAUUCGAAGAAGGGAUGACUGCGUUUGCGGCUGCUCUGGAAAAAGCUGUGAUUGAGCAUCCAAAUACUGAGAUUUUGAAGAACGAUAAAGUUGAUGUCGUUCAGAAGGAUACUGCUGAUGGCGAUGUAACCAUACGAACACAAUCUGGCAGGAUCGUGUCUGCGUCACACCUCGUCUCUGCGAUGCCACUGCCCGCCCUUCACACACUGCUAGAGCGGUCUUCCCUGCCCUCCCUCCCUCAUCUAACCGCUAAUCCAACCUCCUCUGUCAUCGUUGUAAACGUCGUCUUCCCGCCUACACCGCCUGGACAGCCCAUUCACCCUACCGGCUUCGGUUACCUCAUCCCACGCGACCAGGACUGGAACGCCAGCGUGCUCGGCACCGUCUUCGAUGCGUGCGCACUCGGCGGGCAGGAUACCUACCCAUCUGUAGAUGCGCCGAAGUUCACGAAGAUGACAAUGAUGAUACGUGCAGAGCCGUCGGCGCCGCCUGUCACCCAAGACGCCGUGCUAGCAUACCUCACAGAGCACCUCGCGCCUGCGCACCCUCUGCCCCGGCCGGUCUACUUUUCCGCGAACAUUAUGCACGAAUGCAUCCCCACGCCCAUAGUUGGGCAUGUCCAGCGCAUGAAAGAGUUGCGCAAUGCAGUCUGGAGGGAGUGGGGCGAGCGCCUGGAUGUUAUCGGUGCCGGUGUUGGUGGAGUUAGCCCCAUUCACCCUACCGGCUUCGGUUACCUCAUCCCACGCGACCAGGACUGGAACGCCAGCGUGCUCGGCACCGUCUUCGAUGCGUGCGCACUCGGCGGGCAGGAUACCUACCCAUCUGUAGAUGCGCCGAAGUUCACGAAGAUGACAAUGAUGAUACGUGCAGAGCCGUCGGCGCCGCCUGUCACCCAAGACGCCGUGCUAGCAUACCUCACAGAGCACCUCGCGCCUGCGCACCCUCUGCCCCGGCCGGUCUACUUUUCCGCGAACAUUAUGCACGAAUGCAUCCCCACGCCCAUAGUUGGGCAUGUCCAGCGCAUGAAAGAGUUGCGCAAUGCAGUCUGGAGGGAGUGGGGCGAGCGCCUGGAUGUUAUCGGUGCCGGUGUUGGUGGAGUUAGCGUCGGCGACUGUAUCGAGCAGGGCCGGCAGGUCGGACGAGCAUGGGAUCACUAA